AUGGGUAUUACGGGUCUACUGCCAUUCCUGGAAAAGGCAAGCAGUGCUUGCCACUUACGUGAUCUGCGAGGCAAAUGUGUAGCUAUAGACACGUACUGCUGGUUGCACCGAGGAGCAUUUGCAUGUGCGGAACGGCUAGCACGAGGUGAAUCCACUGAUACGCACAUACUAUAUUGCCUGAAGUAUGUCCAGCUGCUGCUAUCGUACAACAUCAAACCGAUUCUCGUUUUCGACGGUCAACAUUUGCCAGCCAAAGCUGCAACCGAGGCGAAACGGCGCGAGAGCAGAACUAAUGCCCGCAAACGUGGCGCCGAACUAUUGCGUCAGGGACGGAUCGAAGAAGCGCGAAGUUUCCUACGACGGUGCGUCGAUAUUACGCACGAAAUGGCACUGCAGCUGAUACGCGAAUGCCACAAACGGGGCGUAGAUUGUAUAGUAGCGCCGUACGAAGCUGAUGCACAGUUAGCGUAUCUCAACCGCACAGACAUCGCACAGUACGUCAUCACGGAAGAUUCGGAUCUGGUGUUGUUUGGCUGCAGUAGAAUCCUGUUCAAGCUGGAUCUGACGGGGAAUGGACGGUUGGUAGAGGCCAGCAAACUUCACCUAGCGAUGGGUUGCCGGGAGGAUCGUUAUAAGUUUGAAAAAUUUCGAUACAUGUGUAUCCUGUCCGGUUGUGAUUAUUUGGAUUCCUUACCCGGCAUUGGUCUUGCGAAAGCGUGCAAGUUCAUGCUGAAAACGGAGGAUCCCGACGUGCGGCGAGCUUUGGCAAAAAUACCGGCCUAUCUAAACAUGCGGCAACUGUCUGUGACGGAGGAGUACAAGGACGAAUUCAUGAAGGCAGAUGCUACAUUCAGGCAUAUGGUGGUGUACGAUCCCGUUCACAGGCGACAAACGAGACUGACGGAUCCGGACGAAGAGGAAACUCCCGAACAGUACUGCUGCAAUUCCGGUAAAUUUCUCGAUGAAAAUACCGCAUUCGAGCUGGCUGUCGGAAAUUUGGAUCCCUUUUCUCUGCGCAAGAUGGACGAUUGGCACCCGGACACAGUGCAAAAGGGGGAGCUUUCCGCAAUGGCUAGAAAAAUGCUUAAUCUCAGCAUCUGGAGGAAAGACUUCAAUGCGCAAAAGGAAGCGAAAGCUGAAAUGCAACCGCAGAAUCGAAUUUCAUCGUUGUCCGUAUUCGUGAAACGAUCACUGCAUCCCGCGGAUGAAGCUGACCAAGAAUGCAAGGAAACGAUCGCCGAUGUCUUGCAGGCUUACGGUAUUCAGAACGGAGAACCCGUCUCGAAGCGAUUGUGCCAGGUACAGUCGGCUGUGUUUACUACUGCAUCGAAAGUAUCAAUCGAGUACAAAGACUUAGAGGCACUAGAUGUGCUAGGGCAAUUAGAUCAACCUGCCACACCGAAACGAAAACGCAAUCCAUUCGCAAUUUCUCCGAGCAGACAGGCAACCGGUAGAGACGAUUCGGUCGAUGACCUGCUUUCGCCAACGAAGAUAACGGCGGCAAACCGAUCACUAUUGCAUAACAUAAGUCCGGUAAAGAGGAUAGAUUAUUCUCAGCAACACAGUCAGUUUACAGUGAAAGAGCCAUCCAAUGGUGUAGCUGCUGUAAGUCGUUUGGGUCGUUUGAACUCGACUCACAGCAAAGGAGUGUCGGGUCUUGCCGAUGAGCCGAAAGUGAUUAGCCGCUUUUUCGCCUCACAAGCAAAGGUUCAAAUGCAUCGAACGAAUUGCGACACUGUUAUAGGUGAGCCCAUUAGUAGCCCCAGCAAAAAUGGUGGAAGAUCUGGCGGUAGUAUACUGGUGUCGCCCACUGCCAUUGUAAAGGACAUCAAAAGUAAGCGAGAUGCCCAAGCUCUUAAAGCGACUGCGCUUUAUCUUAGCUCGCCGGAAGCACAACUUCAAUGUCGCGGUGAUCGUACGCCUGUAAAACGUCGGCCCAACGCAACGUCUCCCGAAACAGAUCCGGCAAAGGGUGAGAUACUAGGUCAGUUGGAUAGUGGUAUGGUAUCGCGAGUUGACACUAAGGGGCAGGACGAUGAAGCAGCUUCACUGGACGAGGAUAUAAGCGCAGGAUUAAGCUCUUCACAGAAAGAAAAUGACGAUGUUGAGAUAAUUGCGCCUGAAAAACAAUGUUCAAACCCAAAACCACGUACCGCACGCUUGGCGUUGUUUGAACGACGGGUAACGAAAACAUUGAACCAGGCGCAAAAUCCUUCGGAGAACGUGGAUGAGGAGCUUGCCAUCGUUCUUGACGACGAUAGUAAUGAUGGGGACAACGCAGGAAAGCUACAAACAAACGACCGACAGGAAGUGUGCGAUGUAAUAUUAACCGCAAAACAUAAGACUGAAGAACGAAAUGCUUCACUGCUCGCGCUUACAGCUAAAGUAGAAACAUCAACUAAAAUUAAGGCACGUUCGUCUUGUAAACGGCCAGGAUUGUCUACCACUAGGAAAUCUACCAACUCCAAAACGGAUAACAGUGCAGGGUUGACUCAAACUAGGUUGUCCAUGUUCGGGUUUCAGAAAAAGCCUUCAAUGCAACUGAACAAUCGGUAGCUCUACUAGCGUGUGCCAUCUGUAUACUGUGGAGCCUAAUACGGAUAACGAACCAGUUCCAUGUGUUGGUCAGCUACAGCAUCAACAUCAACAUUUAAUUUCGAACGAAGUUACAGAUCAAUUUUUGCAUGUAAGAUGUAUAAG